CAAGCAUGGAUAGUAGUGUUCCACCACCUGCAUCUAGCGAUGAAGAUUCGAAUAACCCGCUAUGGAGGUAUGUUAUGUGGAAAAGACGACAAGAGUUCAUACACGAGAGUGAGGGCCCAUUUGUUGAAGAUAAGUGGAAAAGGAAUUGCAAAAUGCGAAAAAGUACAGAAAAAGGAUCUUUUGGAGAUGGAAAGAUUAGAGCAAGAGGUCAAUUCCAGAUUGAAGAGUAAGGCGCCUAAAAAUGUACCUUUGCCUCCUUCUAGCUUUUCAAUUAGUGGUGGUAGUGGGAUGAAUUCAUCAUUUGACCCCAAAAAAAGGAAAAUUGGAAGUGGGAGUGGUGAAGGAUCAAUUGAAAAGGCAUUCAAUAUGACUCAACGGAAACGUUUGGAUUGUGAGAUUGUUAGGAUGUUCUAUUCGGAGAGCUUGUCAUUUAACCUUGCAAGAAAUCCUUACUUUCAAUCUGCUUUCACUUAUGCCGCUAAUCAUAAUAUUGCGGGUUAUGUACCUCCAAAAUAUAAUUUGUUGAGGACCACUUUGCUGCAAAAAGAGAAGGAAAACAUUGAUAGGUUGUGUGCACUUAUUAGAAAUAUGUGGAGGGAGAAGGGUGUAAGUAUUGUGAGUGAUGGAUGGAGUGACUCACAAAGGAUGCCACUUAUUAAUUUUAUGGCGGUGUCGGAUGGAGAGGCUAUGUUUAUAAAAUCAGUUGAUUGUUCGGGAGAAACAAAGGAUAUGCAUUUCAUUUUUAACUUAUUGAAGGAAGUUAUCAAUAAAAUUGGGCAUGUGAAUGUUGUCCAAGUUAUUACAGAUAAUGCUUCAAAUUGUAAGGCCGCGGGACAACUCAUAGAGCAAGAAUUUCCAUCCAUUGUUUGGACACCUUGUGUGGUACAUACCCUAAAUCUAGCUUUGAAGAACAUUUGUGCCGCAAAGAAUGUGGAGAAUAAUCACUUAGUUUAUGAGGAAUGUAGUUGGAUUUCGGACAUUAUUGCAGAUGUUAUGCGUAUCAAACAUUUCAUCAUGAACCAUUCAAUGAGACUCGCAAUAUACAAUGAGUUUGUUAACUUGAAGUUGCUUUUCGUGGCGGAUACUCGUUUUGCUUCAAUGAUUGUGAUGCUUAAAAGGUUCAAGUUAAUCAAAUGUUGCCUUCAAAGCAUGGUUAUUUGUGAUAAAUGGAAUAUUUAUCGAGAUGAUAAUCAAGGAAGAGCUAAGUUUGUCAAGAACAAGGUGUUGGAUGAUUUUUGGUGGGAUUCAAUUGAUUAUAUAUUUUCUUUCACGGCUCCUAUUUAUGACAUGCUUAGAAUUUAUAACACCGACAAGCCUUGUCUUCACUUAGUUUAUGAUAUGUGGGAUUCAAUGAUUGUUAAAGUGAAAAAAGCUAUAUAUGAGCAAGAAGUGAAAAGGCUAGAUGAGGAGUCUUCAUUUUAUGAGGUGGUUCGUACAAUUCUUGUGGAUCGUUGGACUAAAAACAACACUCCACUUCAUUGCUUGGCACAUGCCUUGAAUCCUAGGUACUAUAGUGAUCAAUGGCUCAAUGAAGAGCCCACUCGAGUUUCUACAUACAAGGAUAAAGAGAUGAACCAAGAAAGACAAAAAUGUCUUAGGAAAUACUUUCCUAACUUGGAUGAGCGCAACAAGGUGAAUUUAGAAUAUGUGGAUUUUGCAUGCAAAAGUGGAGAUUUUAGAGAAUUUGAUUCCAUUCAUAAUCGGUAUGCUAUGGACCCUAAGGCUUGGUGGGUUAUUCAUGGUGCAUGUGCACCUAUGCUUCAAAGCAUUGCCUAGUUCUUGCACAACCUUCUUCUUCAUCAUGUGCCGAGAGGAAUUGGAGUACUUACUCCUUUGUGAAUUCGGUAAAAAGAAAUAAGAUGACCCCAAAACGUGCAGAAGAUUUGGUUUUCAUUCAUAGCAAUCUUCGUCUUCUAUAAAAAAAAAAGCCCACAAUAUGUAGAAGGAGAGACCAAGAUGUGGAAUAUUGGCGGAGAUGCAUCUGACACAUUUGAAGAUGUCGGGGUGCUUGAAGUUGCAUGUCUUUCACUUGAUGAGCCGGAGAUUGAGUUUGCUGUUUUUUCAGAAGAAGUGGAUAAUGUAGAUGUGGAAGAAUGACUUCUUGAGAGCAUUUCUUCACAAAGUGUAGUAGAAAUGCCUCUCAAAAGAACUGGUGAGUCACCCAUUGGCUUUUUGAUUUUCAUGUUGCUCUUGUGAAAGCCAACAUUGUCAAUUUGAAGAGAUGUCUUUAGGAUUCUUGGAGGAUUUCAUGUUAUCUCC